AGCUGGAGAAGGAGCAGCAGAGGGGUGAGGGCUGCCAUCACCACUUGCAGCUCUGCAGACCCUGCCCAUCCCACCCAGGUGCCCUCAGUCAGAUGAUACAGCUGCGGAGAUGGACAAAGGAUGCCAACCACAGAUGGAUGGGCAAAACAAAAUGCUGAAAGAACAACUAGAGUCUCAUCUCCGUUUUGAAGCAGACAGGGCAGAGGUGCUGCUUAUGGCAAAAGGCAGAUGUAUCAUGUGUGGGCCGGCUGGCAGCAGGAGGAAGCACAGCACUGAACCGGCAUCUCCAGUAGAGAAGUACUCCAUUCUUCACACGGCGGUUCAUAGAGCAAGAACAGAAACUAAGCACAAAGCAGAAGUAAAUGAAGAAGGUGGUGUGUGUCCUAGUAAAGUACUCCCAAAACAACAUAAAGAUGAAAGAGAAGAGUCUGUUUGUGAGCCCACGGGAAGGUCUGGCCAUGAGGCAAUGGAGGUGAAGAGGAGCAUAGCGAAAGUGGCAUCCAUAAUCUCUGAGGACAAUAAUGGCACAUCGCCUUCUUCAACUGUAUAUGAUAGAAGGACUGAAAUACAGAAGUCUGUUUUGGAACCAAGUUGCCUUAAAAAGGUUUGUGAGCAUCCAAAGGUUGAAUGUUCUCCGAAGAAGCCUAUGGGAGCAAAAGUUUAUUCAUAUGAUGAAACAGAGCCAACUGAUGACGAUGUUAUAAUGCACAUUUUGAGGCUUCGUGGCAAACUUGGCUGGCAAACAAAGUUACCAUCCUGGGAGUAUUUAGCUAGAGAGGCUGAUGUGGCCAGGCUUCAGAAGUUGGCGCUUACGAGACCUUUAUUGCCAAGAGAUAGUGGUGAAUAUAUAUAUUGUCUUCAAAAACACAAGAACAAUCUUAGAGUUCCCUACAACCCAUACAAUUUACAGGCUGUCUCUGCAAGUACAGCUAUGCACAGUAAAGAAUAUUGGACUGUUACAGCGUCUUUCGUGUCUAAGUUUCAUGUAAACCAGAAAUUAGGAGAAAUGGAGGCCACACCCGUACCACGAUGGCUGCGUGAAAGACAUCUGUAUUACAGGUUACUCAACUUGAAUUUAUUUUCCAAUUUCAGAAUGAAGAAAUUCAUUCUGCACUGGAAAAUCAAUGCUGGAAGAAGCAAGGCGAACAAGAGCAAAUCAGUCUGAAUGCAGGUGGUUGUGCAUGUGAAAAGAAUUAAAGAAUCCUCUGAUGCACACUUUA